AUGGCUCUAGCCCGGGCCCGCGACAAGGUGAAGGGUGCGAAGGAAAGGGGCGCUUGCAAGCGCAUGAUCGAUCUCGAGAAAUUGCCAGGUGACCUGGCUGGUGGAGAUCUUGCCUGGUGUCUGCUGCUUGCUGCUGGUGGGCUCUUGCAGGGCAGCUCUGACGCAGGGCGCCCCCACCGCUUUCCGGUCCCAAUCCUCCGCGUGCGGCGCGCAUGCCAUGCGCUGGUCUCGGUGCUUCGCAUCGGAUCGGGUCAGAAGGGCGCCUGGAGGCGAAAGGUUCGGGAAGCAGGCGGAAGAGGCCUUCGAAAUUGCCUAGACUUCUGGGAAGGCACCGCAAUGUGUCGGGAGGGGCCCUGCCGGUUCUGGGACAGUUUAUCGGUCUUACAGGGACACAACGCGGUUUCAAUCAGAUUGAUCGCUUUGGUGGCGACGACGCCGCAGUCUCAGGCCUUGCCAGACCGCACUUUCGGUUCCAAGUUGUCGCUCAUUCUCUUGGCUGUCCGAGAUGCAACAACUUUGCGGGCGAUGUUUGCGGUUGGCUGCAAGAGAUGCAAAAACUACGCGGCCGAUGUUUGCGGCAUCAGCAGACACGGCACGGCUGUGAAGUGCGUGAGCAGCGGUCGGGUGUCGCAACGGCAAAGGCAGCAAGGACACCGCUGGGCAGACAGGGCUGUGAGUGCUGCGUGCGCAGAAUCGGCGAGUGGUGCAGAUUUUGCAAAGGCACGGGCUGCGAGUGCUGAUCAGACGGGCGGGCGGCGAGCGCAAGCCGCAUAUGGCGGUACGUGGUGUGGUAAGCUAGUACUGGCCUCCCAACGAACCCACUGGGCAGACAUGGUUGUGGGCGCAAGUGUACAGAUUUCGGGCAAGGGUGAGAAGGAAUCCGUUGAUCAGGCGGCAGGUGGGGCCCGUGAACUCGAGGCUAUUCGCAAAAGCGGGGCGCGGAUUGAAUCCGCUGAGCCCAUGCGGGUUGCGCGGUACGUGGUCUGGGUCUCUGGUAAACCACAGUGCCUUCCCGAGGCAUCAGCAGACACGGGACAGCCUUGA